AAAAAGCGGCCCUCCUCCGGAGGGAGAGCAGAGGAGAAGCCCGGUUUUCCCCGGCCUUUUGUGAGCUCAGCUCCGCCCAGAGGCGGCCCCGUCCUGCCGCCUCUGCCCUUCAACUCACGGUGGGCCGCGGUCGCAAAGCAAGCGCGGCCGGCCCUUUGAAAGCAGCGAAGCCAGACCAUGAUAGGGGCCGCGGGCCGGCACGUGGUGUGCGCCAUGUCUGGCGGGGUGGACAGCGCCGUGGCGGCUUUGCUGCUGAGGCGAAGAGGAUAUGAUGUGACUGGGGUGUUCAUGAACAACUGGGACUUGGUGGAUGAAAAGGGAAUUUGUCAAGGCAAUCAAGAUUGUGAAGAUGCUUAUAAAGUGUGUCAGAUACUCAAUAUUCCAUUUCGCCAAGUUUCCUAUGUUAAAGAAUAUUGGAAUGAAGUAUUCAGCUAUCUUUUAAAUGAAUAUGAAGUUGGACGGACACCUAAUCCUGAUAUUAUAUGUAAUAAAAACAUCAAAUUCAAUUAUUUCCUACACUAUGCUAUGAAUAACAUUGGAGCUGAUGCAAUAGCAACUGGGCACUAUGCAAGGACCUCCCUGGAAGAUAAUGAAGUUUUUCAGCAAAAAUAUCAACAAAAACCACGAGGACUAUUCAGAAAUAGAUUUGAAAUAAGAAACGCUGUCAAACUUCUUCAGGGAGCGGAUCACAAUAAAGACCAAACAUUCUUCCUCAGCCAGAUUCCUCAAGAAGCUUUGCAGAAAACCAUUUUUCCUCUUGGAGAUUUAACAAAAGACUUUGUGAAGAAGAUAGCUGCAGAGCAUCAGCUUUAUCAUGUGUUGAAAAAAAAAGAGAGCAUGGGCCUCUGUUUUGUUGGUAAAAGGGAUUUUUCAGAGUUCCUUCUUGAGUAUCUGCAACCACGUCCAGGAAAUUUUGUCUCCAUUGAAGAUGGCAAAGUUCUUGGAACACACAAAGGUUGCUUCUUAUAUACGUUUGGCCAGAGAGCUAAGCUAAGAAACUGCAGUAAUGCAUGGUUUGUUGUAGAUAAAAACAUAUCCUCUGGGGAUGUUUUUGUGGCGCCCUCCAGGGAUCACCCUGCGCUGUAUAGAGACCUUUUACGGACAAGCAGAGUUCAUUGGAUUGCUGAGGAACCCCCUGCAGAACUCAUUCAGAACAAAAUGAUGGAGUGCAAUUUCCGCUUCCUACACUUGAUGGCGCUAGUACCUUGUACAUUAACCCUAAAUCAAGAUGGAUCAGUAUGGUUGACUCUGGCUAAGCCAAUAAGGGAUCUUACAGCAGGGCAGUUUGCUGUUUUCUACAAGGGAGACGAAUGCCUAGGCAGUGGCAUGAUUCUGAGACUUGGGCCUUCGGUCUUUACUUUGCAACAAGGCAAGAACAGGGAGACCACUGGUGUGAACCUACCAACUGACGAAGUCACAGUCCACCCGACCAAAUGAUUUCUUGCUUUUUUAAAACCAAGCAGAGCUUAUUAUUUUUUUAAAUGGUUAGUCAAAAGCCUUGGAAUGAUCGUCGGAUACAUGAAUGCACAUCGGGAUGUGUUUGGAAUUUCUCUGAAAAAAUAAAACAGUUGUGACAUAUGGAAUGACUCUUCUGGGUGAGAAAAUGGUUACCUUUCCCCAGCCCUGGGCAGAUGUUAAACAGAAGGCGACAUCGCUCAAAGAAGUGUGUAUAGGAUCACAAUGUAACAUAUACAGUUUGAAGAAUCCUGUUAAGAUUAUGUAAGUAAAUUUUCUGGAAUGUGGAACCAUAUAAUUUAUGGCUAAAUCUACUGUUGUGUGAUCACAAUAGACUUCUUUAUCCUCUUUCUCAAUAUUUGCCUUUUGGUUGCCCAUCUUGUAAACUUUCAAACCAGAAAGCCAUUAGCAAAUUGGAAGGCAAUGUUACAGCUCAAAGAUAAGGUAAGAGAAUUAUGUGUGUCUCUGUGAAUUCUGGGCAUAUCUAGAGAGCUCUUUUUUUUUUCCUACUUGUUGAAAAAUGAAUGGGGCUUCUUAAGGAGCUCGUAAUGAAAUGCCCUAGUAUACAUUAAUUAAUUGCAAUGCAACUAGGAAAAUUUCUUUGCUCUUGAACUAAAGCUGGCAACUUUAGAUAUUUUCCUUUAUCUAUUGAAAAAGCUGCUUUGUGUCAUCUCUUCAGCUGUAUUUGGGUAUUCCAGCACCCAACCAAAUUAGAAUUGUAUUGGGGAGUUGACUAGAUUAGGAUCCACAUUUUUCUGCUUCUCUCAUCUGUCAUUCUCUACAAAGUUAGAGGGCACACAUCUCCAGUUACAAUCCUGCAAUCCUAGAAGCAGAUUCCCUAUCAGGUUUUCAAGCCUGGGAUAUGCCUAAACAGCCCCAGAGUUUACUGCAUGCCUUCAAAUUGUGGAGAGGAGGGAUUGAGGCAAGGCUUCUCCUCAUUUUCUUUUGUGUCUCUAUUGAGGGUGUGGGAUAAAUAAGACCUUAAUAAACUAAAUAAUAACUUUAAAGGUGGCAUUGAAAAUCAUUGACAAAAAUGGCAUUUUCCUGUUCUGUAAUUUUAAUAAAAUUAUUUUAAUGGCAACACAGUAUACACUAUGUAGGUUUGUGGGAAAUGCUAGUCUUCUACAUAGCUUACUUAUUUUAAAGAGGAAAAUCUCCUAGAUUCAUCUCAAGUCCAAAAUUUCUACAGUGUCUUUUUUCCUGUACUUAAAAUGAAAUAAUGUCUCUUUUGGGAAAAAGUGUAUUAUGAGUCAGAUUCAUAAUUGCCUAUUAUUUCAGAGUUUUCAUUUGGGGGGGGCACAAAUUACUGUCAAGUUGAUAUAACACAAACCCUAUCUAUGUAAUUAAGUUAUUAAUUCAUUCCUUUAGGUUUGAAAGCUUUUGAUAUGUAUUUCAAGUAAACAAAAGCUCCUACUUUGUAAAGUGAAAACGUUUUAGAUUUUGGUGAUUAUUUUACAAAUAACUUGAAAGACUCCUAAAAAACACUUCAGUCAAUAAGCUUUUAAUCAUGUUUUAUAUUUCAACGGGUGAGAGAUGUAUUUUGGGAGAAGAGGCUAUGAGCAAUAUUGAAGCAUCAAGUUGAAACAAGCUGUUCUCCCAUGAAGACCAAGGAUGGCUUUAGAGCUGCAUCAUAGCAACCAGAGUUUCUAUGGUAACAAAAUGAUUCAGCCCAUAUGACAGGUUGUAGCACCUGCAACUAUCUUCCUUCCCCCCUUUUUUCUGCCUAGACCAGAAAAUGCUGGAACACCUGUAGUAUUAAUGACUAUAUUCACCAAGAAAAAUCAAAAUUGUAUUUGUAAUAAUAACCAUAUCAAGAUGA